AUGUCGCUGGAGUUACCAAAGAGGAUUUUUAAGGAGGGCGAGGAGCCCCAAGUGACUCAGAUCAAUAACAACUGCAGGAUUGACUACAUUAUCCGAAAGUUCACUGAGUGGCUGCCAAAGGAGUUGGAAGCUGUGAAAAAAAGAUCCACUGUCCAUGAUGAAUCCGCUGAGAGUGAUGAAGACUACCAUACUCCAAAAGGAUCAAAGAACCUAGGCGCUACAUCAAGCAGGGGUAAGAAGAGGCUUCCAAAUCAUGGUAUAGAGAAAAGGAAGCAUAAGAUUCUCUCUACUGGACCAAAGCAAGCGCCUUUUAAUGAAGACAUGAAGCCUUUUGUGACACAGUUGUUUGAGCAGGGUUUCUCUGGAAUGGAACAGAGGCUUCAAAAACAGAUGGCUGAGAAAUUUGAGAAAAUGAAGACAGAGCUUGAAGAUUCACUGAAGGAACCAAGCGUUGAAGUUGAGCCUGGAGAGUCUUCACCGAAGAAGUCUUCACCGAAUGAGCCUUCACCGAAGAAGCCUUCACCGAAGAAGCCUUCACCUACCAAACCUUCGACGAGCCAACCACCGUUGAGGAGGUCCACACGCGGGAAUAAAGGAAAAGCACUUCAGCUUACUGAUUCACCAUUGCGCACAGAUGGUUCUCCGCAGUCGUCACUAUAUAAUUGCUCUGAAGAAUCAUGGAUAGGAUUCACGGGAUGGGUUAAGAAACCAAAACCUUUACCACUUGAUCCGUCAAUCUUAAAUUUGACUAUAGCUUCAAGGAUAGUAAGUCCAGGAAAAUGUCUUGGCAACGAGGUAAUGUUUUAUUGUACUAAUUUUUUGAAUUUAUCUUUUGUAAAACAACUUAAUUUCAUUGUGAAUAUUCAGGAAAUGGAUGCAUUUAUGUUUAUAUGGCGAGUCAACACAACUUUGAAGCGUUGGGCCCUGAGCCGUGUUGCUUUCAUGAGUGCUAUGUUCUGCCUCCAAAUCGAUGCUGCAUACAACAAGUUCUUUCGUAACAAAAAGGCCUAUGAAUUGCCUGAGUUUCUUCUUGGGUACGGCAGAGGAGAACUUCCAUCUCAUGGGCGGACUGAUCAAGUUUGGGGUGUGGAUGUUGAUCGUCUCUACUUUCCUUUGUUUGUAACUGGUAAUCACUGGGUUGGUGUCUGCAUCAAAAUUAUUGAGAAAAAGGUGGAAGUGUUGGAUAGUGGUCGGGCAAAAAAUAGACAACACAUGGAGAAGUAUGCUGCUCUGAUUCCUAGGAUAGUGAAGGCCGUUGCACCACCUGAAAGACAGAAGCAGCUACUCCUGGCAUCUUAUUCUAUCGUGGAUGUUCCUAUGAAGAUGAGAUUGAACAAGUCUUGUUGUGAUUGCGGUGCAUACGCACUCAAGCACUUGGAAUGCCAUCUGCUUGGUAUCGACCUGAGUUUAGUUGAUGAUGAAAUAAUCAUGGGUUGCAGACAGAAGAUUGGUGUGGAAUUAUGGGAGGCUGCACACGAUCCCAUUUACGCUGAGGCAAUGACACGAUAUCUACCUUCACCAUGGGAGAGAGAAGAGUCCUUUGAACUCGAAGAUUAA